AUGUCUGAAAAUAAAAUAAUCAGUCACAAUAGCAAACAAACAAACAAACAAGCAAGCAAGCGAACAAAGAUGUUAUUUUAUCCAUUGGCAUGGCUGUUGAUGAUUGUCGUGGGGCAAUGCAAGAUGGUGAUCACGUCCCCGAAAUUGGGAGCUCAAUUGGACUUCCACAAGGAACCGGUACAGAAAUUAAAACUGCAGUGGCAUUCGGACAAUGAUGAUGAUGCGCAGGUAAUACAGAGGUAUAAAUUCACAUUAUGUUCUGGUCCUGGCGAUCAAAUAACGAACAUGGGUCACCUAUUGACGUUGGAAACCGUGAGGGCCCAGGGAGAGGUGGAAUUGAGUAUUGACUCUCGUGCUGGGACGGAUGGAUAUUACUAUGUACAAAUAUUCCAAGAACUAUCCGGUGCAUCGUACGUGAUUCAAUAUACAGUUCCGAUUCAUUUCAUUGGUAUGCGUGGUGAGAAAGUUGCGAAUAAAGAUGGGACGUUGAAGGAGCCAGCCAUGGAGGCUGAACUUGAACCUGAAUCUGAAUUGUAUGGGGACGGGGUGGGGUACAUUCCAUACUAUAAGCAAAUGGGGCCAGUGAAAUACGCACCGAUGCACACGCAACCUCCUUCCGCCGAGGUAAGAUUCCGUCCACGUUAUCGUGGAUCAUGGAGGAUGAAGAAUCCUUCCACAGCGGUGACAUUUUACAGUGAACCUCGAAUGAGUCCAAUUGUGCUGACUACGUUGACACCGCCGCGGACGUAUGUGAUUCGAAGCGAUCAUAAUUGGGCCAGUGUAGCGAAGAUGCCGUCUGCCAACGGUGGUUGGUACAGUAGACGAGUGAAGAGUCGUCCCCGGAAGGUCAAUAAUUGA